AUGGUCUGGCUUGACAAUGUAGAUGUCCUCGUGCAGACGCUGUGCGCGCGGAGCCAGCGGCCGGUGAGGACGCAGCAGAUGCGCCGCACCGCGAUCGGCUUCUGCCUCGACGACUCGAACCGGGCGCUCCUCGUGGUCGGCGACCGCGCGAAGGAGAAGGAGCAGCACGAGUGGCCGGUGGCUGGCGGAGUCGCCCUGCUCGCCCGAUUCGUGCGCGACGGCAAGGCGACUCUCACCCUCGCGCGGCAGCACAAGCAGAUCCUCCUCUCCAACGCCGAGCCGGCGAGGCUCGCCGAGUGGCUGCACGCUCUCAAGGGCGGAGCGGCGGGACGGCGCGACGAGCGGCCCGCCGCCUCCCCUCCGCCGCGUCCGCUGGCGAAGCGGACGCCCGCAGCGGCCAACGUCGCCGCCUCCCCUUCGCUCGCCUCUCCGACCGUCGUCAGCCGGAGGAAGGCGCGCGACCUGCGCCCGUCGCCCGGAUCGCUGCCGCUGCGGCCGUCGCCCGUGCUGUCGCCGUCGACAAGGCAGGCGCUGUCGGAGGAGCGGCAGCCUAGAAGCGGACCACGUUGGCGUACCGUCAUCAUGCAGGAGCAGCAGGCCGUGCUCAAGGCGGCGUUGCGUGGCGAGUCCUUCUUCUUCACGGGCGGCGCCGGCACGGGCAUGGCGCAGGUCGUCCUCAUCAAGACCCUCGAUGCGAGCCGCGGCCUCGUCAACGGCGCGCGCGGCAUCGUCCUGCGGAUAUCGUCCACGCGGCUUCCAAUCGUCCGCUUCGAGUCCGGAGUCGAGCAGGCGGAGACGCAACCUCGGCCGAAUCUCGUGCAACUUCGGCCGAAUCUCGCGCAGCCUCGGCCGAAUCUCGUGCCUCGGCCGAUCUCGUGCAACCUCGGCGGCUCCCGGAAAGCUGCCGCUCGACCUCGGUUGGGCCAUCUCGGUGCACCUCCUCUCUAG